UCAGUGGUGUAUGUAUUCAUUGAAAACCCAUGAAGUGCCCCGUUGCACGUCGGGUAAACCGAAAUAUGUACGUACGUCGCACAGCCUUGGGAAAAGCGUUUAGUUGUUAUAUCCAUCGAGUAAAAUAAAAACACUGAGGUGCAAAAAAAAACAGUUACCUCUCACCCUCUCCUACCACCGUAAAAUAAUUGUUGCAGUGUUGUUUAAACAAAAUAAAACUCAGUGAUACUAAAUCCACAAAAAGUUGCAUUGUUUUUGGGGUGGGCUGGUAGUGGGGGCAAUACAACUGGGUGAAAUAAAUACACAUAACCGGUGGAGGUGAUUUUUCGAGGCAGGGGACGAAAAUACGAGAUCUGAUUUUUGCUGCGGGUGAUGGCCACUUGGAGAGGACCAUUUUUUGGGUCAAUGGAGUUGGGUGAAUAACAAUUGGUAUGGGAAUAUUAGGUGUAACCCAUGUGUGCUAAAUACAUACUGAGGACGAUACCCCUGAUAAUUCAUAUAAUUUGCAUGUGCUUCACCGUCUGGUGAAUCGAGAGGAUUGAAGAUGUGUGACCAGACAGAAAUUCGUUAUUUGGAUGGUGAUGUGGUGUGGGUGAAGUUGGGCCCCUGCUGGUGGCCUGGACAGGUCACAGGGGUGGAUAACCUCCCCGAGGAUCUCAAAGUGGAUUUUAAUAAAAAACCACUCAUUGCUGCUGUCAAGUUUUUCCAGGAGAAUUCUUAUGAAUUCGUGAAAAAUAUACAUCAGAUUUAUCAAUACAACUGCACGCAGAAGGAUGACUUCAUUAAGAAAGGCCUAGAUAAAUACCGUUCAAAACAUAAGAGUGGAUCAAAACUGAUGGAUAAAUUUCCCGGUGACGUGGAGACUGCAGAGAUGCUGACCGGUGGCGAUCCUAACAUCCUAAAAUCCGAAAAAUUUUGUCCAGAAGAGAAGCCUGAUAUAUCGGCCUUGUUUGGUGAGAAAAAGUCUCCAAAAAAGAAGCAGAAAUUCAAGGACGAUGAAAUGACACGUCGCAGUUACCCGAUCGAGCAUAAGAUAAUUCGCCCCCGUAUAAUGAAAGAAAGCGAUCACGAGGUGAGGAUACGUCAACAGCCGAGUAGUCACCCAACGACACCGACAUCAAGUGACCAGAACAUGUAUGCCUGCCCCCUGUGCAGCUUCACAACGACCCGAGUCAAUGUCCUCAUAUGCCACAACAAGAGCCACCGGGAGGGUUCAGUAGAUACUGGAGUGAGGUCUCUGCUGUCAACGCCCAAGAGACGAUCACUAGGGGAUGAGCCCCAGAAACGAAAAUAUGUAAGGAAGAACAAAAGCCUCCCCAGGCUGAAGACCGAUCGCGGGAGUGAGCCAGUGAAAAGGAAGCAAAAACAGCCGGAGAAAAUAGCGAAGAAGAAGAAGGCAGAUCCUGAGAUAAAUGAUCUACUGGCUGAUUGGGACGAUGGAUCUGACGAUAUGGAGGUGGAUAUGAACAAAUCAACUCCCAUCAGCAGUCCCUUGACUAAAGAAAGAAAGCCUGAGGAAGAGGAUGAAGACACCGAUCUGCUGAAAGAGUCUGAGAAACUACUGAAAGAGACUGAAAGUUUGUCGACACAUUUGGAGAAUUCAAAGACUAAAUCACUGGUGGAUCCUCUGUUUGAUGAGGAGAUUCUGAAAACUGAGCUGCAGAAUACUUUGGAGGAUGAGAGCCGGCAGGAGGAAGAGACUAUCAAGAGUUCAAUAAGCAAACCGUUGAAUGAUUCUGUGGUUAAGGAGGUGAGCCUAUCUCCAGUUGUAAAGGAUAAACCGAAGAAUAAGACAACUCCGGAGGAGGAUUUGAAGGAGUCGGAGAACAUGUCGACUCAAUUAACGAAUUCAAAGGCUCAACCCUUGGAGAAUGAUUCGCAGCAUGUACCUGGACUGAGCCUGCCAGUGGUAAAGGAGAAAUCAGCACUCUCCAAGAAAUUGAGGAAGUCUCUUGGGGACAGAAAAAACUCAACUCCCGAAAACGAUCAGGAAAAAAAAUCCAAAUUAUCGUGUUUUGAUUUUGACGAUGAAGAGCCGGAGCCUGCUUUACCCCCAGUGAGGAAGAUUCCGCGAGUUUUUGGUGAGAAGAACACAUCUUUGAAGAAAGAGAUUAUCAAGGAAUUUGUUCUCUCUCAGGCACUUGCCGAGGAGAAGGAGGCGGAGAGUAAGGCAAAUGAGAAAGAGGCACAAUCUGAGAAAAUCGUAAUUGAGGAAGCGAAAAAAAUGGAGGACGACGAAAAACUGAGGCAGGAUAUCUUGAAAACUGUCGACGAAGCUAGUGAACUAGUUGCCAAAAUCGCCUCUGAGACUGAGAAGUCCAAUGAGGGAAAGUGCAAGCGAGAUGUGACUGAGACAGAACUUGAGAUUGUUGAGAUAUUGGAGGUUGAACGUGAUAAGGAAUCAGAGGAGGAAAUAAAGCCUAAUAGUCAAGAGAAAAUGGAGGAGUCUAUGGCGAUACCUGAAACAGAACCCGAGAACAUUUUUGAUAAUCACAGGUCACCGAAACGUUGUCCAUCAAAAUCUCCAGGGAAGUCCCCAUCAAAGUCUCCAAUGCAAUCUCCAAAAAAAUCAACUCCAACCUCCAGUCUUGCGAAGUCUGACAUACAGACAAAAAACUCCAAAGAUAUUGAGGACAUUGACAUGAACUCCGAAAAGGUGACGAUCGAGAGUGAAGAAGAAACACUGACAAUCUCCCAGCCGUCGAAUGUCGGAUCUGGAGAUGGUGCGGAGAUGGGCUGGAAUCAGUUGAGUGAAAUAAUAGGUGACAAGUCAUCAACAGAAUCGCCAUCAGUGGCGUCGCCUCAGUCUCAAGAAGUUGAAAAGAAACCGGCGAAACGGCGAGGAAGACCUCGCAAGUAUCCACUACCGGCAGAUGUCAGUGGAAAUGGCGAUUCUUCGACGAAAUUCGAAGAGCCUCAGGUUCUCCCUGGGACACCUGACAGUCAAGAAACAGAUAGAAAAACAUCUGAGUCUGAUGGGGAGCGAUCGUACACGGGGAGGAGACGAAAGCCGAAUAAAAAAUAUCUGGAAUCUGACAUUUACAGCUCGUCUCCAGGUCGCCGGACUCCUCGAACUGAUGACAGCCAAUCAGAAACUGAGGAGAAGGAGCACAAGAUUAAAGGGCGGAGGGGAAGAAAGCCAUCCGCCAUCAGCAAGGCUAUCAGAAAAUCUCUGGAGGAAUACGAAUUCUCCGAUCAGACACUUGACAGUGCUGAAGAGGUCGGAGUUUCCACUCCAAUUACAAAAUCCCCGAUUGUUAAAUCUCCUGAAUUCACAGCUGUAAAACCUGAUGCCAUGAGCCCAAUCAAUAUUACAGAUCUUCUGGCGACGAGCGACGUUGAAAUAAAAUCUCAAGGUUUCGGAAGCCUUGAAACUGAUCGAGAAUUAAUAGUUGAAACUAAAGCGAAGACAGGUGAUACUAAAGUUGCCGAGGUUCAUGAGAUGGAGGAAGAGAAAAAAAUUGAGAUGCUUCCACCGAAAAAAUCACAGAUUAAAAAAUUCGAGAUGUCGCUUAUUGAUGCUCAGGAAGCGGUGGUUAAACCUGGAAAUGAACCUGAAAAAACGGAACCUGAAGGUGAUUCGGUGCAGGAGGAGGUCAAGCCCGAGGUGUCGAACGAAAUCGUGCAAAAGGAGACUGUGUCACAAGUUAUAACGGCGGGUGUCCAAAUGAAAUCAAAAACUCCUGAUAAAAGUGUUGAGAAUAUCGUCGAGGAAACUAUUGAGAAUAUAAUUAUCGAGGAGGUAAUUGAGACCAAGGAGACAGUUGUGGAAUCUAUUGGUCGAGAGCCAGAACAAGAGGUUGUUGAAGCUAUUGAGGUGAAUAUUCCAGUAUCCACUGAAGAUUCCCAACCGGUAGAAGCUCCAGAACAAGUUUUAGGACAAGUUGUUGGGAAAAUGAAAGCACCUCAGGAAGCAAAAGCAUCUGAGGAAAUCAAAGCUCCUGAGGAAUCCAAAAUAUCAGAGAAGUCAACAGAGUCUGAAAUCCACCCAACUCUCAACAUCGAGGAGAAAAUUCUCUCAGAACCGAUAGCGUCAGACGUACCAUCCACUUCCGAAAAAAGCUCCAACGAUACCAGCAUAAUUGUAUCCCAAGAGUCCAUUCCAUCAGCCCUCCCUGAGGCCUCUGACUCCAUUCCCGUGUCCGAGGAGCCCCCACCACUAAAAAAAUCUCCGGCAAAGUUAUUACCGACUCCUGCAGAUGUAUCAGUCCCAGUGAAAAAACGAGAGAAGCCCCGUAUAAUUGAAAACGUGACGUUGCGGGAGCCCAUGCAGAUUUUGAAAUCAAAACUCUUGGAAAAACAGCCGUCCAAGUGUAUCAAGCACAAACUGGAGGUUGAUGAUUCCUCGAAAAAUGUAUCUGGUAGUACUCCCCGAGCCAAAAUAAUAAAACUCGAGUCGAAUAAAUUAAACACUUCCCCGAAAACAUCCCCAGGGCUAACAAUAAGUAAAAAACUCCAGGUCCUGAAGGCAGACGAGACUCGUGAUUUUCAACAGGACAAGUUGAACCUCUCUAACACAAUCAGUAUCGCCUCGAGUGCCACCACUGACCCAUCAGAGGUUGAAUUCGACAUAAACUCAAUUCCCUUUGUAAUGAGUGAGGAUCUCACUCCUGAAAAUGUUGAGCAGAUGCCGGUGAUGAUGUCUUCAAUAAUCUCAGCGCCAUCAUCGAGUCCAUCAAUCACCCCAGCCCUCGCCCUUACAACCCCCACGACCCAAAUGACGACAAAUCAGGUGCAUUUCAAACCAACAAUGACAGCUAUUGAGCCCAGUACCUCUGAGAAGGCCCCAGCGAAGAAGAAGACAGCAUCUCCAACGAUUUUAAAAACCAAAACUAAAGCCAAACCGACGAUAACUAGUAUAAAAACCCUGGUUCCUCCACUAACAGGUGGUGUGAAGGGCCUCAAGUUUCAGAAUCAACAGGGAACAAAGACAAUGGGAAUGCUCGCGAGUCCAAAAGGUUCACCAGGAAAAUACGUAAUUGUUCAAGCUGGAUCUGGAGGCCAGCCAGUUCGUUACACGGUUCAAGGUACGACAGCAAUACCCCAGAAAAUGCCAAUAUCGUCAGCUAAAACCACAACCGGAAAUCCCCAGAUCGUGCGACGGGGAAAUAAAGUAGUUAUUCUGACGUCGCCUACAUCUGGACAAAGUAAAAUGGUUCCCCUGGCUGUUGAGAAUACUUUAACGGCUGGAAAGGUCCAAAAAAUCAUGACAAAUAAGGGACAGGUAGUGGGGAAAACCAUAAUAGCCCCCAAGAGUGAUACGAGUUCCCCAACCACAUCAAAAAUCACUCCCAGCGGUCAGAAAAUCGUUAACACUGGAGUUCUGUCUAAGAACGUUUUCACACCUAUAUCAGGGGCUAAAACUGUUCUGGGAACGAUUCCCCAACAUUUCAUUACUCAAAAGGGAGUCAUUACUCAAAUAAAUGCCUCUCAAAUAUCUGGAAAGACAGUAAUGGCGCAGAAGACGUAUGUUACAAACAAAGGAACAUUGUAUCCAAUAUCGACUCAGGGUGGUAAAACGCUUCUGACGCCCAUAUCUCAGAGUUCCCUACCUGGGAAAACCAUUAUAACUAGUCCUGGAUUAGUGCCAGGUAAGGGAGCAGUCCUGACACCGUUCACUGGCCAGCAGGUGAAGGCUAUGGUUGCAAAAGGUACCCCGGGGAAAAGCCCCAAAGUGCAAUAUCAAACAGUUCAGCAGAAGGUACAGAUGCCGAUGCUUCAGAAGAAGGUCCCCUUGUCCUCUGCAGCAACAAUGCAGAGAGUUGGGGCAAUUAAGUCACCUGGAACAAUUAUCCUGCAGAAUCCACCACCUCUGCAUCAAACGACUCCCCAGACACCUGGAAAGAUGACACCAAAGAAGAUCAUAAGACAGACUGUGAUGUCCCCAUUGCCUCUGCAGCCUGGAAAAUCACAGACUCAAGGCGUGUCGAGAUCCAAAUCUACGAUGACGCCAAUAACACCUCAGAAGGGAAAACAAACUAAACAGAAAAUCGUCAUUCAGAAAGUCUCUCCGGAAACUCCAUCAAAAGGAAUAACUGGACAAAAGACAACAGUAUCAACUCCCGGAGGUGUGCCAGGAGUGAACAAAGUCGUUCGAGGACAGUCGGCAUUGAAAAACAUUCAAAAGCAGCUGUCUACGCCUAUGAUGCCCGCAUCUCCAGUGGUUCCAACAGCCGUGGUUUCAGAAUCUCUUUCAGAAGAUAAAAAAUCCGCGUCGGAGAGUCUCAAGAUCGAGGCUAAAUCAGUAGAGGCAUCCACAUCAGCGACUCCAGCAGAGCCAAUGAAACAAGAAGAACCCAAAAUUCCAGCUCAACCCCAGAUAAUGGCUCUUCCCACUGAGAGCGCUGAUGGCAGCCAAACAUACGUUCUCGUGACUAUUGACGAGCAGGGACAGAUUCAGCCACUAGAUAAUAACGCUCUGAUGUCCCUGGAGGGUACAACAGCGAAUGCUGAUGGCUCUAGAACUCUGUACAUCGAUCCAAGCUCUCUAGAUCCUUCUGGAGCUAUCGAUAAUAUUGUUCUGCAGUUUGACAACACCUCAGUUCCUGCUUUAACACAAGCAAACCCUCCAGAGGUGACCCAGACAAUUACUGAAGGAUUCCAAACGUCAAAUCAGGAUAUUCUAGCAGCAGCCCUAGCAAAUACUGAUUUCCAGCAAGAAAUUGGAUUGCCUGAAACCACUGUAUCCAGUGUGAUGACAGCUGGAAUAACCCAGACGAGUCUAGACACCCAGACAAUUCUUCAGAGUACCCUGAUCCCCUCAACAGAGCCGAUCUCAUCCCCAUCGGUUCUGGAGACGUCUCUCACCCUGAAUCAACCCAUUAUGACGCCACUAGAGGUACCGAGCAGCGUGGGCAUCCAAUCAGACAUAACUGAUGCAGCACCAGUUUCCAGUAUGGCCUCCCUGAAGAUUCCCAUGUCCAUCGAUAAUGCAAAUAUCUCGUAUAUUGCAACACCUGAGGGUGUUCUGCCUGGUAACUCCAUGCCGGACAUUGGAGAACUUAUAGAGCAACCAGUGUCUACGGAAGUUCAGAGUCAGCCUGCCAGUCAAUAUCUGGUGAUUCCAGAUUUGCAGGACGGGAUUGAGAGACAAGAAAGCACUGAUGAGACCCCGACCUGCACUAUAUCUUAUGCAGUUUCAAUACCAGAGAGUGUGGUUUUGGAUUCGGGUCACGUCCAGACAACUCCAUCAAUGCCUAUAAUAGACGAUUCUUUCGUUGACGGUGUGGAUUUUUCCGAGGUCAGCACUGAGACUUCAACUUCUCAGCAAUUACCUAGGGAUACUCAGGAAGAGGUGCCACAGAUACCCCAAGAUGAGAACAAAGUCCCUGAGGAAGUUGAGCCAACACAAGAGAUUAUUCGAGAUAUGCCGAUAGUUCAGAUUGAUGCGACCACCGAUCACACGUGUUCAGAGAAUAUUCCAAAGGACGAUGCAGAAAAUUCAAGUAAAAUCAGUAGUUGCUUAGAGGAGGAAGCAUCUGCCUCCCCAGAACUAAAAUCACCAAGGGUAGAUGUCGAGUCAUCAAGUGCUUUUGAUGUUGCAACACCAAAAGAAGAGGACAGUUCUUCAAAAAUCGAGGAUCAGUCCGAGCCAAUGGAGACGGAAACUAUUCCUGAGGUUCAAGUCAGUCCGCUAGUAGCUCAGUCCAGUCAGCCUGAACCUAUGGAUAUUGAUUUUGAGAAAACUGAGGCUGGUAGCCAGGAUACUGUUGAUGGUGUUGAGGCACCCUCCCAGUCGUUCGAGAAAUUCGAGCGACUUUCCAUAAAUAAUGACGAAGUAAUAUCCCAAUCGACCUCGAAAUCAGAGGGGACUGAGGCUACUCAGUCCAGCCCCUAUGAAUCUAUGGAAAUGGAGACAACACUCGCUAGUGAACCACCGACACAGUCGUUCGAAGAUGUCAGGGGGGGAUCGGCUGUAUCAGUCUCUCAGUCGUCCUGCGAGGGUUCUACUGAGGGUACUAAUGCUCCCAGUCAAUCUUUCAAUGAAAUCAGGACUGCUGAUGAAACUGCCGAUGAUCCUAGUUUUCCAACGCAGAGUUAUGAAGUUGGGAAUGCUGACAAUCUCGUCGCAUCUCUGGCAAUUGAUGGAGAAAUCAGUCAGGAGGGGAACAUUCCCUCACAGUCAAAUGACGUUGGGAACGAGGGAAUUGGGACGUCUGGAUUCUCAAAUAAUUCUGGAUUAAAUGAAGAUGAAACUGCUAGCUCCUCUUACGUUCCUGAGACACCAGAGACUCAGGAGCGGGAUCAGGAUCAGGAGAGUGCCAUCAGCACGUCUAGUUAUGAGAUACCUCCCUGUGAGGAGAUCAAUAUUGCUAGCUCCAGUGUUAUUGCAGACACCUCGGUAGACACUGGAAGCCUGCAUGACAAUGGAGUGCCUGAGAUUCCUACGUCAUCGUAUAAUUUAAAUCCAGACAGCAGUUCUACGCAUGUUGAUGCUGUACCCACCUCCAGCUUUGAGGAUCAGGUCGUAGUCGAGCAAAAUGUGUCGACUUCUUAUGAGGUACCUAUCUCCAUGCCGAGACUGGAAGGAGAGACCGCACAAAAUUUUGUGAGCGAGAGUUCGGAUCAGAGGAAUGAGCCGAGUAGUUAUUAUGCACGCAAUCCUGAGGAAGUAACCUCGGAGCCAAGUCAAAGCUACUUCAUGCCAGAGGGUUCAAGCCCCAGCUACCCAACUGAAACAGUCUCUCCCAGCUGUUACGACGCACCCCCCGAGACCGAAGCAAGUCAAAGUUACUAUUUAACUCAAGAGAUAGACAGAACAGAGCAAUCAUCUUCGAGAAACGUUGAGGCAUCGCCGAGUUUCUACCAGGACACUCCGGACGAAGUGCGACUUCGAUCGCAGGGUGAGGCGACCCCUACGUACACCGAAAGAUAUCCCUUGGACUACACACUUGAAAAUUCACCGAUCGAGAGGCAUGACCUGGUGGAGAGUUCAGUGCCCGCGACAAAACCCGCCGAGAGGUAAUAAUCAGCAGGGGAAAAAUGUUUUAUAAUCUCUCCUUUCAUUAAAAUAUAUACAUCUGCAUGUAUAUAUCUCCUUUUAAACGUGCUCCUGAAGUGGCUGAACUACCAACAGUUGGUCGACAAAAAAAAAUAACGAAUAGAAAUGAUUUAAGUGUAAAUAUUACUGAAGAAGGGCGAAACAUUUUCAUGAUCAGUGCUAGGAGCAGAUCUUUAUAAUUUAUGAUCGAAUACAAGUAUCACCACUAAUCUACGAUGAAUUGAUAUCGAGUGGAAGACAUGAAAUUUUAGUAACAGAGCGGAUUAACGCGAGCACUUAAUUCAUUUUACCAUGUGUUCGUUUAUGUAAUGAAACACCAUUCAUGACUUAGAAGUUUUUCUUCAACUGCGUGAAGAUGAUCAAUUGGUGCAACAAAUUCGUCACUUCAGUUACGUUUAAAAUUAUAAUUGAGAACUGUAGAUUGGCAGGAUGUCUGUGACACUGACUUGCAAUAUCUCAUUGGUACUGAUGGAUUUAAUGAAUUAUGGGGAAGCGCAUUAUUUUGAGAAUUCACGGUUACUCUGGGGGAUCGCGUCAAAUCUUUGUUUAGAAUUAAUCACUGUAGUGUUUAAUUUGUUUAGAGGCUAGGUGAACAAAAAAUAAUAAAUGGAGUAUAUGAAAGUUUAUUUGAGGUGAAAUAUCAGAGUUCCCACUAUAUGAUUUUGAGAUAUUUUUUUUCUUCUUUUAUUUUUCAGCGUAUAAUCUUUGAUGUUGAUUAAUGUGGUAAAUAAUAAGGGAUUGAGGAUUGUGGAUUUUUCAAGUAUGUGAAGGGCUUGAAAAGUUUGUCGAGUUAUUGGAAAUUAGUUUUUGUAAUCGGGAAUUUAUCCGUCUGAAGGGUGUAUAUAAACGACUGACAGCACGACUCGAUAAUGACGUGUUAUUAUUAUUAUUAUUAUUAUUUUCAAUAAAAAAAAAUCAUUGAUUUUAGAAUGGGAGUUUGGAGACUUGACAGACUUCUCAUGGCUCUAAAAAUUGAAAACUAAGCAAAAAAAAUACAAAAAAUAUGAUAAUUAUAAUUAUUAUCUUUGUAGCCUCAACACAAUAUGUUAUAUUCUAAAAAAAAAAUAAACAAAAAGUAUGUUUUUA